AUGGAUGAACCAAACAUUCGCCACAAUCAGUGUAUUAUCAUAUUACGCUAUACUACAUUUUUCAUUUUUUUGGACGCUAAAUGGCUUUGUGGUCGUAGUUUUACCGAAAUACAAUAUAUUUUGCGAAUCACCAAAGCUAUAUUUUUCACUCCUUUUCGUAUGGUUGACAAUCUUUGCACUUUCAUCGGUGGAUUUUUAUUAUUGCAAAAGAAAUCUUCAAGUUUCGACACUAGUAUGGACGAAGGACUGCACAAAACAGUCAAGAAAUGGUGGGAAAUUAUUUUUAAGAUAGCUUCUUCUCUAACUUGA